CAGUACACAGUUCAAAUGACCUCCUGGGAGUAGUUCUCCCUUAUCAUUACAUUUCACAUGUUCACUCCAAAGGUGCGGGGGCUGUCAUCCCCCUCCCCUCUCGCCUCUCCCUUCAUAUAAACCAGGCUGCCUCCAGCUAGCUUUUGCACACGCACUACUCACUGGCCCAGAGCAAGUGAAGGCCAGUGGAGAAUGAGCCUGUUUUUCUCUGAGUCAGCAUGGCUCAGCCUGGCUGCCACCGCAGUGCUGGGGGGCAUGCUUCUCUGCAGAUCCAAGAGCCCAGGGCAGCUGCGGAGCCAGGUGCUGUGCCUCGCUGGCCUCUGGGGAGGUGCUUGUCUGCUCGGCCUGUCCCUCCUCUGCAGCUUACUCCUCUUAUCACUGUCCUGCUUCCUCCUGUGUAUGUGUUCAUCGGAUCAAGAACUGUUACCGGUGGAUCAAAAGGCCGUGCUGGUGACAGGUGCUGAUUCUGGUUUCGGUCAUGCCUUGUCCAAGAACCUGGACAAGCUGGGCUUCACAGUGUUUGCCGGAGUGCUGGAUGCCAAAGGCUCGGGAGCGGAGGAAUUGAGAAGAACUUGUUCCGAGCGCCUCUCCGUGCUCCAGAUGGACGUCACCAAGCUAGAGCAGAUCAAAGAUGCUCACAGCAAAGUCACAGAGAAGACAAAAGACAAAGGUCUGUGGGCCGUGGUCAACAAUGCUGGGGUCUUCCAGUUGCCAAUAGAUGGGGAACUUACUCCCAUGAUCCACUACAGAAGAUGCAUGGCCGUGAACUUCUUCGGAGCAGUGGAGGUCACCAAGGUGUUUCUGCCUCUACUUAGAAAAUCCAAGGGGCGGCUGGUGAAUGUCAGCAGCAUGGGAGCUGGGGUUCCAAUACAAAUGAUGGCAGCCUACUGCUCCACAAAGGCAGCUUUGACCAUGUUUUCAUCAAUCAUCAGACAAGAGGUCUCCAAAUGGGGAGUCAAAGUUGUUACCAUCCAACCUGGAGGUUUCAAAACAAACAUCACAGGCCCACCUGACAGUUGGGAUAAGAUGGAGAAGGAAAUCCUGGACCACCUUUCCCAGGAGAUACAGGAUGACUAUGGCCAGGACUAUGUCCAUAAGCAGAAGAACUUGCUCCAGAUCAUGAAAGACAGUUCCUGCUCAGACAUCACCCCUGUGCUGCAGGACAUCCAGCACGCCAUUUCUGCCAGGAACCCCUCUUCCUUUUAUACCCCAGGGAAACUGGCUUACCUGUGGCUCUGCUUCUCCUCCUAUUCCCCGACCAGCUUAUUGGACUAUGUUUCGCAAAAAUGUUUUGUUCCAAAACAGAUACCAAGAGCUCUAAGGACAUCGAAUUAGAAGAUCAAGGUCCCAAUGGGGUAGGAAAUGUCACAUUCUUAGAAUGAAGGGGAACCCUCUUAUUAAACUCAUUUUCUACCUCAAA